AUGGGUGACAUCAAGUCUACCGUCUCCGACCACGUCGAGGACAGCGCUCUCGACUAUGAGUCGCAAAAGAUCGGCGGUGCGCCUCUGGCCACCACGGUCACUGGUACCGUCCGACUCACCGAGGGCACCAUUGUCUACGUUCCGGCGGCCACAGCCGAUCCUCAGGACCCUCUGAACAUGAGCAAGAUCCAGAAGAUGGGCAUUAUUGUCAUGAUCUCCAUCUUCUCGACCCUUGGUCUGUCCCUUGUCUCCGGAUUCGGUGGCCUCUUGGGCUUUUACAUCCCCCAGUAUGCCGCGGCCGGCAAGACCUACGCCGACAUCUCCGCCCUCAUGACCUAUCCUACGCUCUUUAUGGGUAUCGGUAACCUCAUUGGCAUGCCCAUUGCCUACGCUGUUGGCCGCCGCAUCGUCCUCCUCGGAUCGACCCUCGUCAUGAUCGCCGGUGCCGUCAUGUGCGCCAAGGCCGACAACUACGACUUCCACCUGUGGUCCCGCUGCAUCAUCGGUCUCGCCGCCGGCCAAUCCGAGGCACUCGUGCCCAUGAUCACCCAGGAGAUCUUCUUCCUCCACGAGCGUUCCCAGGGUCUCAUGGUCCAGCAGACUGUCCAGGUGAUCCUGACUGCUGUCUGGGUUCUCUUUGCCUCCCCCAUCGCCGAGGCCAUCACCCCCCAGUGGUGGUACGGACUUGGUGCAUGCCUUGCUGGCGCCCAAUUCAUCGGCACCGUAUUCUGGGUCCCCGAGACCAAGUACAAGCGCUCCAUGGCUGCGUACCAGGAGGGCAGCGACAGCGAGGGCGCCUCCGAGCUCUGCACCGUCCGCCCUGCGCUCGACUUUGUCAACUUUGCUCCCCGGACUCUCGGCUCCGACAUGCGCCUGUGGGUUGACACCCCCGAGUGGUCGACUGCGUGGACUGCUCUUCGCCAGACCUUUGAGCUGCUCGUCCACCCUCAGGUCUUCUGGGCUCUCUGCCUCAACGGCCUUACCCUCGGCACCAACAUCGCGAUUGGCAUCACCUAUGGCAACAUCCUCCACGCCCCUCCCUACAACUGGGCCCAGUCCUCCGUCAGCUAUGCCAACUGCGGCCAGAUCGUUACCGCCCUUAUCGCACUCCCUGUCUUUGGAUGGGGCUCCGACAAGCUCAUCCGCGCCUUUGCCAACCGCCGGAACGGUGUCCACGAGCCCGAGGUCCGCCUCAUCCCGCUCGCCUUCCCCACCGUUGUUGGUGUCAUCACCGCGAUCCUCUACGGCCAGGGCGCAACUCAUCCGGAGAGCUAUCAUUGGUUCAAUUAUGUAUGGGCUCUUGCGGCGUACUACUUCUGCUUCGUCGGCGCCAACAUUGUUGCCAUCACCUACCUUCUCGACAGCUACCCUGCCCGCGCCGGCCCGCUGCUCAUCAUCAUCUGCGCCUUCCGCGGCAUCAUCUCAUUCGGCGUCAGCUUCGGCAUCACUCCCUUUAUCGAGAACAACGGCUACGACGGUGCCUUCAACACCUUUGGCGGCCUCACCGCCGCGCUGGGCCUCAUGGCCAUCCCAAUGUACAUCUGGGGCAAGAAGAUCCGCGCGCGUUUCGGCAAGUACGCAUCCUAA